AUGGUGGUCGAAAUUCUGGAAGAAAAACUGGACAGAGAAUACUGUGAUAACGCCGCCAAGCUAAUGAUUCAAAGCGGAGUAGCAGAAUCAUCAUCGUCAUCUUCAUCAUCAUCAUCCGGCCACCAUCAUCAUCAGGAUCAACGCAAUGACGUCACCGUCCGGUGCAGGAGGUGUGGCGGUAGUGGUAGCGACGACGAAGUGUACGAUUCGUGUCGUCAUCACGGUGGACAUGACCAGAGGUGUGACAUCUUUCGAAAUUUGCCGCAAUCCUGGGAGCCUAUGUCCAAUAAUGAAACAUUCAAAUGUAAAAUAACUAUAUUAAGACUGUUUACAUUUCUCGUUGUACGCAUUUUAUAUCUAUAA